AUAAUGAUGCGAAGCGUCAGAGAUGAUAUGUUUCCAUUGCAAAUAGUCAGCAAUUUUGUUAAGGAAAGUGAGAGUUAUCAAAAGUAUCGCAAUCAAUUCAAGCCAGCAUUCAAGCAUUUCCUGACUUGCGUUGGGUUGAGCGAGAAGGAUUGGUACGUCAACCGUCCGCUUCGAUGCGAAACUCUGUUCCAGCAGCUUUCCGUUCUUUAUACAAUGACUUCGCAAGAGGAUUUCCUGCGUAUCAUUCGUCCACAUUUUGAAGCUGCAAUUGCAGUGGAAAAUGAGACUCACGGAAAGAUCAAGACAUCCUUGCAAUUGAUCAAAAACUUCUACUCGAAUGAAUUCGAGGAGAAGCUCAAGGAACUGAGUGACUUGGCUCCCGAACUGGAGAAGUAUCAGAAGAAUCGGUCGACUGAUCCUGAGCAAAAUCAACAGAUGGACAAAAUCAUGAAUCGCUUCACGGAAUUGCAGAGAUUGUUGAAAAGUAUGAUCCAAGAAGGAACUGCAUCAAUCCAGUCUCAACAUCUCAAAGCAAUGCGUUAUUCGAUUGAACUCUAUCAAAAACAAAAUGAGCAAUGGAGCCGUUCGUUUGCUUCGUUUGCAAAUCUCAAGCCAGAUGUGACUGUUAAAGCUAAGAAGACUGAAACUCCUGUUGAAGAGAGCAAGAAGAAUAAGAAGAAAAUUGAAAAAUUGUCGGAAGGUGAUAAGGAUUUGUAAUUUAUUGAUUGAAUGAAUAAAUAUUAUGUUUUGUAUUGUUUC